AUGGACACGUGUACGAGAAGCCAGCUUGGCCAAAUGAAGCCUAAAAUAUCGGUGAAAAAAGAAAAUAUCAGCGAGGGGCUGCUGAGUUCUAUGAAAUCAGUACUUCAAAGUAGGAAAGAGCUGUGUUCUGUCACAGACUGUCUGAAGAGUGGCAACAAAAAGGAUUUCAUUGAGAUAACAUUUCUUGGGCUUUCUAGAGAGCAUGGAAUAAGAAACAUUCAGGGUGUAACAGCACUUUAUGUGGAUGUCCCGGAAUUGAUACAGUCUCCCCAUCUGUGCAAUUUAAAUGAGAAUGAAGUUAUUUUGAUGAACGAUGGAAAAGAGACUGCAAAAUCUAAUGCAGCACAGAAUUUUUUUUCCGGCUCUUUAUGUAUGAUGACCUCAGCACCAUUUUCACUCUUUAAAAGUGACUUUCUGUAUGUCCUGCUGAGCAAGUAUUCAGCUGGAGUAAUGUAUGCAAUAGACCAGGACUACUUGAGAAUGAAUAAAAAGGCAGAUCAUCAUGAAGAUGAUGACACAAACCAUUCGGUCUCAUCCAUUGAGGAUGAUUUUGUAACUGCAUUUGAACAUUUGGAUGAAGAGGAUCCUGUUAAUACAACUGAUAGCCGAGGAUUGCAAUGGGGAUCCUCAACAAAUCAACGUGAUGCUGCCUCUCAGACACAGUCUCCUCACUGCUUAGACAUCAGUGGUACAAAAAUUAUAUUUAGUUCUGUGCGUCGAAGAUCAUCUAUCAAGUCUACAGUGCUAAUGAGUUACUUGGGACAUCAGGAUUUUUCAUCAUUGGCUAAAAGUACUUGCAAUACAUCAUGUGACACAUGGAAGCAUGCAAAUGGCCAAGACAAAAACACGUUUUCUCCAUCUCCUACAGAAACCUCAGAGUCUGAAUGCUCUAGCCCAAGUCCUAUUAUUUUCUUAGAUGAAGAAGGCUAUCAGAAAAGCUUAAGAGCAAAACUUAGCCUUCCAAAGAUUCCUGUUGGGAAAGAUGGUGUUGAGGACUCAGAUUCAGAAUUAAGUGAGUUUUUUGAUAGCUUUGAUCGGUUUGAUGAGCUGGAUCCAUUUUUAGAAGACAAUUUUCAGAUCAAUAAACAGCCUAUAUUAGACAGCCCUCCUAAGAAAAGAAAAAAUGCAAAAGUAAGUGUAAGCACAGUUUGCAUGAAUCCACAAAAAUUUAAGUUUGACCGCCCCACACUGUCGGCUAGUAUUAAAAAACCAACCCCUCGUAAAGCAGAGUCUCCAUUUAGUAGUAUAGUUGAUGUACCAGAAUCUCCACGCCCAGCAAAGACAUGUGCGGAGGAUAAUGGAUCUUUAUUUAGUCCCAUUAGAUCAUCUGCUUUUAGCCCUCCUGGAAUUGCCAUCGGUUCAGAGGCUUCUCUUCGAUCAGCAAGCCAAAAUGAGGCUGCGCCUUUUAAGGAGGAUUCUUAUGUUGCUUUUAGCAAUUAUGCUAACCGUGUAUGUGCUGACAUGUUUGAUUCUGUGUUAAAGACAAACCACCAUCUCUAAUCUUUUGAAAAAAGAACCUGAGAAAGUUACAAAGCUUAAACGAAAAGCGAAUAAAGAGUCUGAACGAAAAAUUAAAACAAAGCAUAAAUCCAUUAAAGGAGGAAUUCAGAAAUUUGCUGCAGAUCUGGUGGAAAAAAGCUUUGGAAGUGCAUUUAAAGACUUACAAAGGGGGGUUUCUUCUUGUACUAGUGCAUUGUGCCAACUAGCAGCAAGGCUAACAUCAUAUGUAUUUCAAAUGGCUUUUUAUGAAAUUGGUAGGAGACAGGCAUUUUCAAUUAAGAAGCGAGCUAUUAAUGGCUUAGCAAAUCUUAUGGUAAGUGAAGUCAUGACAAGUGCUUUGCAAGAACUCCGCUAUAUAAAGAAACAAAUGGUUACCAAUGCAGUUACACGAUUUGCUGCAGACCUUGCAGAAGAACUUGUUUUUGAAGGUAUUAUGGAAGUAUGUCAGUUCUCUCACCCACCUACCCCAAAUGUGUCUUCUGAUACACAGUAUUUUGAUUAUGAAGAUGUUGUAGUAAGUUCCUAUGCUAAUGAUUUAUCAGAAUCUGUGAUACAGGAGGCCUUUAUUGAACUAUCCCAAGUGAAUGUGACUUUCACCACAGAAGCUGCUAUAAGUGUUUCUAUGGACAACUUGAAAUACGUAGGUUCUGAAGGAAUAAAUCAGUCAACUCAGUCUUCAUCCUCUUAUCCUAGUCCUGCUGUACAUAAUUUAUCCUCACCUGCCACACAGGAGUCCAAGAGAGACUUCACUGUUCACUAUGCUUUACUGUUUACAUCUGGUCUUAUCAGUUCUGUUCCUGUGCCUGUAGCAGCAAAAGUGCUAAGCCAGCAUUCAGUUUCCAGUGACCACAAAGACCUGUCCACCAAUAAUAUGUGCAUUAAUAAUGCAGACAAUUAUAAUUUCUCGAGAAAAGACUAUGAUGAACUACCAUCUGAUAAUGCCAUUCUUCCGUCAUCUAAAUGUAUAAACAAUAGCCGACAAGAGCAAAGAUAUGUAGACUUUGUAAAAGCGGAAGCAGAUGGAGUAAAACCAUUCUCAGUGACUAUGGUGGAUAUGAUUGUAAAUGAGGCAUAUGAUGUUAUCAAAUCAUCCAGAACUGUGGAAGAUUAUGCUGAAAUGAUGACGAAAAGAAUUAUUGAGAUCCCUCCCAAACACCUUUCAAUAGGAGGUGGUUCCUCACAGCAUCAAUUUGCAGAUGAGUUUUCUAAAGGUGCUUGUAGGCAUUCAAGUGGAAAAAAUGCACAAUCUCUAUCAAAUAAAUGGAGUGCAAGUAAAUCUAACCAAGAUAUCUCUGUUAAUUUAGUUGGCUAUCAUACUAAUAGCUGUGUUCAAGUAGAACAUGCCUGUCUGAAUCCUUGCUUUACUGCAAAACCUUCUGCAAGAGACAGUAAGUCUGGGUCUGCCAGUAAACCUGCACCCUUUGCUCCACUAGGGAAUUCAAAUAAUGGUAACAAUAAAUCCAGUAUGGGAGGUUUAACUGCAAGAAGAAGUGUAGAAAACAAUGAAGCUACAGAUACCCCAUUGUUUGGCCUGCAAAGUUGUCUUCCUCAUAUCAAUAGCUUUUCCUCUGUCAUGUGCAGUUGUGGUGAUAACUUCUUCAUGGAGGAUAGGAGUUCCUAUAAAGGUUCAAAUGGGACCUUACUGCCUGGCACACCACCUUCUACACCUCUAAUGUCUUCUGACAUAAGUCCUGAGAGAAGCUUGAGAAAACUAAGUAAAAAACUAAAGGGACAACUGGCGAAAGAGUUCUAUCCUGCCACCCCUCCAUCUACACCCCAUCUGUCUGCUUAUGAACAUAACAGUAUGAAAAAGGAUGACUUUAUGCUUAAGCUUAUGAGGUCUCUAUCUGAAGAGGUUGAAAGUUCCAGUAGUGAUGAGAGUUUUGAAGAGUAUGAGGUAUCUGAAGAAACCUGUAGGUAUGCUGAAUAUUUGUCUAGUAACAUCAUAUCAAUUGCUACGGACAUGGCUGCUUAUUCAUUAGCCGAAGAGUCUGUCCAGGGACCAACAAUGAAGAACAGUUCACAGUUAAGCAUCCUGAGUGAUAAAUGGGGAUACCCAGCCUACAUGAGAAAUAUUACAGAGGACCUUUUAGAAACCCUAUGUUCAUAUGCUAACUGUGUUGCUGGUGAAGUCAUCAGUGAUGCAAAGGAAGUGCUAGGCAGCAGAAAGAAUUCCUGUGACCUGGAAUAUAGCAGUUCUCAAAAACCUGAUAAAGAUUGUAGACCCAAAGAAAGAGGUCAUAAUUUCACAAGCUUUAAAUCUUCUGAUGCAGCAACUCUUCCCCUGCCUCACUAUUAUGGGGGUGCAGGUUUGACUUCAAAAUUUCCAAGCUGUGAAAGUGUAACUGAAGAGUAUGCUGACCACCUCAUACGGGUUCUGAAAAUGGAAGGAGGGAGCAGUGAGUUAAUAUUGGAUCAAUAUGCAAGUAGAUUAGCUUAUAGAGCUAUAAAGUCUGGCUUGCAGCAGGCCUCAAAAACCAUUAAGACAAAGUGCAAUAGAAAAAUAAUGCCUAGAAUGAAACCUGAAUCAAGUAGUAACAAGGACAUAUUCCGACUUUUUGGUAGGACUCACCAUGUAGGUAAAGACAAUAGAAGACAAAAUAACGUUCUCCUCCCUUCUUUCACUGAGAACUCUGCACAUAAAGCAGAGUUCAAUAGGCUGAUCCAUUUUGCAGAAUCUCUUGCUAACACCAUAACAUGUGAUGUAAAGAAAAGGUUAAAAAUGUCUUCUGCUUCUCUUCCCAAAUCGUUAACUGAUUCCUGUCUCUAUACAAAAUCAAAAAAUGAUUAUGUCAAUGGAGAAAUUGUCAAAACCUCAUUUCCCAAGACACCUUUACUUUUCUCUCGUAAACAGAAGCUCUAUCACAGCACAGGUAGUUUGAAUGAUAAUGGUUAUAGUGAAAGUUUUAUACAGGCUAUUGAGCAAUAUGCCUGUAAGGUUGUAGAUAGCACUUUAGAAUUCAGCUUGGAGCGGGCAAGGCUUCAAGCAAUGGAAAACAGAAGGAAACCCGACAAAGACUCAAAUGCCACAAAACUUGUACAUUCUUAUGGAACUGCUUGCAGGUUAUGUAGUGCAAAAGAGCAGCAAGGAAUCCCUUUGUCAUCCUGUCACUUCUUACUGGGGCACGAUGUAUCCAGAAAAAUCAAACAGUCUGCGAAGUCUAAGCAAAAUACUGGUCAGAAAUCAAGACUUUUUCAUCUGAACAUCCCCAAAAUUCAAAUAGACCUUGACAAAAGAGCCAUGUUUGCCGAUAAAAUAGUGAGUGCAGCUUUUGAGAAAGCAGAACGUGAACUCAGCAGCACAAGUUUGGCAGGUGAUAGUGGUAUUGGACACGACGGGGUCAGCUUUGCUGAAAGCCUUACCACUGAAAUCUUAAUGUCUGCUAUGAAGAAUAUUGGCCAUGUUGUUAAUAUAAGUUCUGUUGGAAAGGAUGGGUUCCAGUCAGUGGAUUCAGUGACGAGCCAACAAACCAGUGUUAGCAUUGGGGAUGACAGCACGGGCAGCUGGUCCAAUCUGAGCUUUGAGGAUGAACACCAAGAUGAAAGCAGUUUCCUUCACCUUAGUGACAGUAAUGGUAACAGCAGUAGCUGGAGCAGUCUGGGAUUGGAGGGAGACAUGUGUGAAGAAAAUUUAUCCUUCCCACCAUCAGACAGUGAUGGGGCAGAAGAAAAAGAUGAAGAACCCAAAGUAACAACAGAAGUUGUUGAAAAGCAGCGCAAGAUUCUGCUGAUUAGAAAUCUUGAUAUGGGACCAAAUACAGUAGAAUCACAGUUGAGAACAAUAUUACAAUGGAUUGCUGCCUCGGAGUGUGAUAUAAUGGAGCUCUGCUUUCCUGAGAAUGCCGUAAAAGACCUUUUACUUCUUUUCAGACGAAUCCGAGAAAAAGGCUGGAAAACUGGUGACCUCUUGCAAGCUGUUCUUCAGUACUGUGAAAGCUCAGAGAUGUCCUCAAAUCUCCCCAAUCCGUUAUUUAGUUGGCUUUUGGAAAAAGUUUAA